GUCAGCCACUUCAAACGGAAAAAAAAAAACCAAACCAAAUAAAUCCAUCAAUUCGGCAAACGAGAGUAAUGGAGUUCAUCGCAAAACUCAACACCACCACCAUCAAGAGACGAACGAGGGUGAGACACAAGAGUCUGCCAAUGACUCGUUUCAAACUGCGUGAGUACUCUAAACGGAACGAACCAUACAAAUUUAUUUGCGGGUGGGAAGUUUUCCAAAACAGUGUAAAAAAAAAAAAAUGGAGUCGCUAUUAAUAAACUCAGACCCAGACCCAGGCCGAUCUCUAGGCCCAGUCUCAGAAUUGACAGGGAAAACAGGGAUGCCAGCUCCAUCAUCAUCAUCAUCAUCAUCAUCAUCAUCUCCUGAUGAAAAUCCAUCGAUGCAGCAGCGGCAGCAACAAAAACAACAACAGCUCAGCCACUCCACACAUUCAGACAUUCCACGCACUCAGCCACUCAACGCUUUGCUGCUCUAUCGUCAGCGGGUACAGUCCCAGACAGGAAUGCAGCUGCAUAGAAAUGUCGCCGUGACAACGACCCCAGCUGCAGCGGUAAAUGCAGUCAUUGCUGUCGUUGCACCGUUAAAAAAUUCCACAGCGAUCGCUGAUGACGCUGACGAGGCGACGGCCAUCAUGGAAGUUGUUCUCACUCCUCCUCCUCCUCCUCCUCCUCCUCAUCAGAUUAUCGCUCUCUCUUCUGUACAAAACAGUCGAGUUAGUGUGAGUGUGAGUGAGAGUGAGUCUGAGUCAGAGUCUGAGUCUGAGUUGGAGAGCAUGACUAGAGAGAGCGGCGCAAAGAGAGACCGAGAGAGCGACAACGAUUCCGACUCUGACUCCAACAUUGAGUCAAAUCGGCUUCGUCAACUCUGUACGAACCUAUAUGGAGAUAUGUGCCAGUCCCACCACCGCAGCUGGCAGCUGCGCCAGCGUCGGCAGCGACAACGACGGCAGCAGCAGAAGCAGCAGCAGCAGCAGCAGCAGCAGCAGCAGCAGCAGCAGCAGCAGCAGCAGCAGCAGCAGCAUCAUAGUGAUGAGCAGACUAGCAGUCACACAACCACUCCCUUGAACUGGACACUACCAGCCAAAACUGCCAACAUGGAUGCUGAUCCAGUCGCUGGUGUCCACAGUUGUGAUGCUGCCGCUGGGGACGACGAUGCUGCUGCCCACACUGAAGGUGCCGUCAUUACGACAGCGAUGGCUACAGCAACAACAACAGCAGAUGGGCAUGAUUCGGGAGCUGUCCCCAUCGACACUCGUGGUGCUGCUGCCAUUGCUACAGCCAUGGACGGUGACGAGGAUGGCGCCAAUGAUGAGGAUGAAGAUUCAGAGGAAGGUCGAUACACGCACCAAGUGCCUGAGGAACGUGGCCUGCGUGUCCUAUUGCAAUUCUUGGAGACAGCCAAUCCAAUAGAUGGUGGUAGAAACAGUAACAAAACUUACUCCAUUCAACAAAUCAAAAAGGAGCUGUGCAACAGAGGAUUCGAUGUAGUAUUCUCACGGCCUCACACAACAAAGACAACCACCAGCAACAACAAUAACAACAAUCUUGACUCCAACCUAUACCACCCAUUGUUGGCAACACCACUCGAAAUGGUCAUUUCUCCAAAACCUGACUGCUCUCACCUACGCAUUCUCAAACUGACUAGGUUGGGAGAACAGCCAGUAUGCAUUAAGAAAUAUACAAAGCCACUAGAGCCGGUUCAAUGCCAUCGCUGCCAGCAAUAUGGGCAUACACGCUCAUAUUGCGGCCGGCCAUACAAAUGUAUGAAAUGUGCCGGCAGUCAUGACACGGUCCACUGCGAAAAGCCCAGAUGCGUCGAGCCGACAUGUGUCAAUUGUGGAGGGCAACAUAUAGCCGCAUACAGGGGCUGCCCGACCUACCAGAAGGCGAAAGAGCAGUUGUUGGACCGAUUCAAGAAACAAAUGGAGAACAAACAGCAGCCAAUUCAACAACAACAGCAACCACAGCGUCUGCAACAGCCACUACAACAACAACAACAGCAGCAACAGCAGCAACAGCAGCAACAGCAGCAGCAUGCCCUUGCUGCUGACCCAGACUCCUCUCCAUUAAUGGGCCUACCUAUGACUGCAACAACAUCGGCACAAGCUGCCUCCAUUCCAAAAAUAUUCCCAUCAACAGCAUUUCAGCCAACCCAGACACCAGUGACAGCAAGACUGCCAUCCUCCUUGCUGAUGACAAUGGUAUCAUCGUCGUCGACGUCGCCAUUGUCGUCAUCACCAUCAUCACCGUCGCCGUCACCACUGCCAUUGUCGCCAUUGUCGCCAUCGUCGCCGUGGCCGACACCGUCGCCAUCGCCGUCACCACCGCCAUUGUCGCCGUCGUCGCCGUGGCCGACGCCGUCGCCAUCGCCGUCGCCGCCACUGUGGACAUCGUCACGACAAGAUGUAUCCAAUCCCAACUCUCCAAACAAUGGGUCAUGGGCCUUGGGCAAUGAGGUUCUUAUGGACGAAGAUGCAGAAUCGGACAACAUUGAAUACCACAGCGACCGCGAGGAUGCCUACGAGGCAUCACCCAGCGAAGACAUGUCCAUAGGCGAGGACGGCGGCGGCUAUAGUGGAGACGAUAGACAGGCCCCUAAAGAUCACAAGGGCACCAUAUCACAGCUUGGAGAACUCCUAUCAAAACAUGAAUUCUAUUAACAAUAUAAUAUAUAAUAUGUCCAUAUCAUUUCUCCUCUAUAUUUUCCAAUAUUAUCUUUUGACACAAUAAUUAAUAAAAAUAGAGAUAAGAAAACAAGAACAUUAGAUAUGAGAUUAUUUAUAUAGCCACUCCCUAGCUCAUGUUUGCUGGAAAUAAAGAUCGUAUAACGC